AUGAAUUUCCGAGACAGCUUAAAAUUCGGGAUCUUUCCCGAAUAUGAGCUUGAUCUCGGAACAAGUAUUGCUAAUUCGAUCUAUGAGUUCCAACAAGGUACUUUUUGGUGCUCAACAAACAAGAAAUUGUUACAAAUCGAAGGUCCAAAGAUAAAGAAGACAUUUCGGAACAAAUUUUGUUGUGCAACACAAUUACCUAACAGUGAUAUUACUGUUGGUGUUUCAGUUCAUCAUUCUGAAAUUGAAAUUUGGUUUCUAGCAGCAAAUUUUCUGCGACCUCUCAAAACAGGACUAAAAACAGAGCAAAAAACAGUCAUGCAUGUCUUGUAUUCUCCGAAAUCUCAUACAAUUAUUACAAUUGGCUCCGGAAUUAAGACUUGGAAUUUGAUAUCAACUUAUUACGAAAGAAAACACUCAGCAAUAUAUCCAGAAGUCAAUGUUACACUUCGUAAAUCAUUUCUACCUGAUUAUGAAUCCGGAAUUCUGAAUCCUCCAUGUUUUGAUUACGAAAGAGAGCUAAUUUACAUACCAACACCAUCAGGUGUUAUCGCGUACAACUUAGAUGGUGAUCAACUGAAUACAGUAGUUAAGCUAAAAGCAUCAAUUGACAACUGCAUGACCGUAUUAAAUUCAAAAAAAGACUCAAACAAAGGCAAGAUCAUAUUUUCAGAUCCAUGCGAAGGAGUCACAACAUGGGACUUCGAUGGUCGCAUCAGAUUCAAGUUUCCUAACACACCCUCUUCAAUUUAUUUUUUAACCUACAUUGAUCGUGAGAAUAUAAUGUAUUUAAGUGGUCAGAACACCUUAUGUAUCCUUGAUGUGAAGACUGGUCGUUCUUUCCAGUGCCAUUCCUUUGACAAAACGCCAAAUCGAAUCUUUGUUCUCGGAACUAACCCCUACAAACAAGUCUGCUGCAUCUUCUCGACAAAGAUACAGUUCCUGAGAAUUGUCAUUCCCUGGAAGAAGUACUUGCUCAACAUUCCCACCAUUUUUGUCCUAGAAAAAUGCUACAGAGCGAACGAAGCAUCGAGAAUUUUGAUCCAAUGCGGUUCCUCCUUCUUCAAACUCAUCUCUCCGAAGACGAAGAUGAACAUGACCACAGCAGUGACACAGUCCUGCUAUCCCCCGACCGGUUUGCUGUACGACAGAGGCACAAUGGUCUAUCUGAAGAAGGACGGAGAGAAAAACUACAGGUACUUCGUGUGGGAGGAUCUGAUCAAGCAGAGGGAUGAGAUCUUCGUUGUCCAGACUGAUGAGAGAGUGUGCGGAUUCAACACAGGGCUGAUUCCGUGCGAGCAGAUAAUGUGUUCUGAUUUCCAGGCGUCGAAAAUCGAUUUCUGCCUCAACAGAGAAAAAAUUUGUUUCGCAAUUGCUUCUCCUUUUUGUGACUUGACAAUCAGGGAUUAUGAUAAUUUCAGAGUCAUAUACCAUGGAUCUUUGAGUUCUGAGGAAAUAGUGCAAAUGAAAUUCAUGCCAACACUUAAUUUAAUCUGUUUAGUCUACAGAACAACAAUUAUUAUUUUUGACAGUGAAAAUUUGGCAGUUUUAUGUUCAAAAAGUGACAUCAAAAGUUCAAAUGUUGUUGGAAUUUUGGGGAACAACAUAUUGAUUGGGUUAGAGGACGGAACAAUUGAGAGAUACGAAGUAAUACAGAAUGAUUUGAAAGAAUCGUUUAAGAUAAAAUCACAUUCGCAAAGAGUUACAAAUAUUUCGUUUUCUCCGACUUUCUGGAUUUCUACUUCAUUGGAUGGCAACGUCUGCUUGUACGACUACGACUGGACUGUGUUCUACAAGAUAUCCCUGCCUUGCUCCCUCCUCUCCGGAAUAAUCCUGAACGGGAGAAGGGAGAUUCUGGUCGCAACUGACUCAGAGCUGAUGAUAAUCGAGCCUGUCUACCAGAUGUUUUUCAACGAGAUUGACGAGGAACAUCCCCUGUUGGACGUGUUCGAUGAACUGGAUGACUACUUGGAGUCAAACGCUGUUUCUUAUUUGGAGGAGUUUGAGACACAGAACUCUUCCUUUCUCUCCAAUUUCACAAAGUCAAAGAUCGUCUACAACAACAGGAAACAGAGUCCGAAGAAGAGUUUCGACUUGAACGAAUUGAACAGGCUGAAGAAACUCCUCGAAAAAGAGGAAAAAUUACUGAAAAACUCAAAUCAAACAGAGGAAAAUCAGGAAAAAGAAGAUGAAGAACAAAAGCAAGAAAUAACUGAUGAAGACAAGGAAAUGAUUCUUAGAGAAAUGGAAAAUCUUGGUGAUAAAACUGACCAAUUCAAAUCAAUUCAAAAUGAUGAAAACAUUCAAAAUAAUUCUGAAGAAAAAACCGUUGAAAAUUCUGAAGAAAAAAUUUCUGAUGCCGAUGGGAAAAGUGACAAAAAGAAACAAAACAACGAAAACAACUCUAAAAAGAAAGCUAAGAAAGAGUUUGACACGAGUCAGUUCUUGAAGGAAUACAACGAAGAGCAGGAGAGAAACAAAAACAGGAAGAAGGAAAAGAAAGUCAAAAAUAAAACAGAGGAAAAAGAAACAGAAACAAAAGAAGAAAAACUCGAUCUCUCCAACAUCAAAUUGUUCGAUUCAAGUUCAAACAGCUCUCUCGAGAUUUUCCAAUCCAUCAAACCACAGCCGUCAAAACAAAAAAUCACAACAAUUCCGCCGCAAAUUCAAAAGGAGGAAAUAAAAAUUUCAGAGGAAAAGGGAAGUAAAAAUUCAGAGGAAAAGGGAAGUAAAAUUUCGGAAGAAAAAAUUGAGAAAGAAAAUUCGGAAGAAGGGAAGAAGACAAAGAAGAAGCAGCAGAACAAAGGCAAUUUGAUAAGAGAGCCACAGGAAAACACGAAAUCAAAGAGUUUCAAGAGGAAUUUCAAGCAAAAUCCAAUCAGAAAAACUUCAUCAGAUAAUUCAACAAAAAAUGUCGAAGAAGAGAACAAAAACGUCAAUGUUUCAUCAAUAUACAUGGAGUUAGACAACGAUAACGACAAAAACAACAACAGAAAGCCAAAACAAACAAAAACUCAAAAUUCAAUUUUGAAAUUAAACCAAAAUUCUUCAAACAAGCCAGAGAAAUCAUCCUAUAUCAACAUCAAUACAGAUAUCUCUGAUAUUUCCAAUCAAAACUCUAAAUCAAACAGAAAUUUGAGAAAUCCGAGAAAUUUCCGCAACAAAAAUGAUCUAAAUCAUGAUUUGACUGAUAAAAACAAGGAGACAAAGACUGUUUUGACUAGUUCUUCCUCUGAUGACAAAUUUGAAUUCGAGUUUGAGAAAAACGACACAAGGAAUCAACAAAACAGGGGAGAAAAGUAUGUUGCGGGGGACACGAAGAAAUCGAUGAAAUUCAAGAGAGUUUUAGUCAGAGAGAGGAAAUUCAAGAAGAAAUCUCAGAUAAAUGUAGAAUCGAGCGAAGAGACAGAGAACAUCUUUCUCUCCGCGAUGGGAGGAGAAAUCAGAGGAGACAUCGGAAUAACGCACACUAAAUGCGAGUCGAGUUUGUCCAGGAACUCAUCAAAAUUCUCUGUUUUGGUCGAAGAAACGAAAAAGCUGAAGAAAAGCGAGUCAACAGCGAAUCUUUCACUGAAACUAAACAAGACGGACCAGAAACAAUUGUCUGCUUCUCAGUCUCUUCCUUCUCUCCUUCUUUUGUCUCAAGAAAUUCAGGACAAAUUUUCAAAUUCUUCCCCUUUGGCUCUCUUCCUUUCUGAUGACCAAAAUGAGGACUCAAACGACAAUUCAUUCGACACAGACCAAAAUCAGCCAUUCUACAAUUUAAAUGAACAAGUUCAAACUAAUUUAAAUGAAAAACAAAAUUUAGAAAAAAGUGGCAAUGAAUCAAUUAAAUUAGAAAAAAGAGACAAUAAAUCAGUUGAAAUAGGAGAUGAUAGAAACAAUGAAUUGCAAACGAGUAAUGAUGAGACUGAUUCUCCAUUUAAAUUCCAACCAAAUAAUGAAAUAGAAAAUUCAGAAGAAACUAAAAAUAUAAAUGAAAAACCAUUUUGCAGCGAAAUUGACAGUGAAGAAGAACUUGAAAGAGUGAAAAUCAAGUUCAAAAGAAAGGAAAUCAGGAAACAGAAUUCAUUUCUUCCUGAAUUCAAUGUCAAACCAUAUGUAAGUACUAACAACAUCUACGAUGACAUGCUCAGCAACAUAAUGAUUGACCAGAACAAGAAACAAAGUUCCAAUGACUUACUUCAUUAUGUUGUCAACGGAAUGAAACCAAAACGAUCUAAGUUAUCAAACACAAGUCGAGAAAACAAGAUAUACAAUAGCGCUCAGUUCCCUAAAUCAAAAAGAAUCAGUUCUAUAGAACUCAAUGGAGCAAUCUUCGUUCGCCCUAUUUAUAAUAGAAAUCGUCCUCUGACUGGACGAAAAUAA